AUGGGAUCGCCGACGGUGACCUCCGCGACAGGGGGAGGACCAUCUCGCCCCGCAGCAACGGAGUCAACAGCAACAUCCGCGAGCUCACUAGAUCCUGCGAGUGCCGGAGACGGUGGUGAUGCCGAUGAUGACGAUGAAUCGGACUGGGAGGCAAGGGAGGAGGAUCGCGCGGUCGAGGAGGAAGUCACCGUCACACCGGCCUUGAUUCGACUGUCGGUCGUGGCGGGAUUGGGAGGUGAGCCAACAAAUGGGUGCAUACCACUCUAGUCAACUGAGCUAACGUCAGUAACCUCGGGACUGGCAGGGCUUCUCUUGUUCGUAUUCUCGCCGCUCAGGGUGGUCGCUCGGGCUAUCGAUGGCCGAACUCUACCGCAACGGUCUCUGAAGAAGCUGGAUGCUGACGGUGUUCGUGUUACGCUCUCUUCGUUCAGUGGCUUUGAUACUGGGGUAGUUUCGGGCGCCCUGCUCGUGCUCGGCACCUCGCUCGGUGGGGUUGCUCUGACGACCUUCCAGCAGGAAUGGCUCGUCUCCUCAGCGCUGCUCGGUGCACUUGUCGGUUCCAUCGCAGCGGGCCAAUCCGUCGAUCGAUUCGGUCGAAAACCUUUGUUGGUCUUCUCGUCGAUCCUCUUCGUUCUAGGCGCAUUCGAACAAGCUGCGGCCCAGGUCUACAAGGAGGUCAUUCUCGGCAGGAUCAUCGUCGGUAUCGCCGUCGGCAUCAGCAGCGCCAUACUCCCCAUCUAUCUCAGCGAGUGUUCACCGGCCAAGUUUCGUGGUCGAAUCGUGGCAAGCUUGGUCGUACUCAUCACUGCUGGUCAAGUCUUGGCCUACUCCGUCGAUGCAGUGUUCUUCCGGGUCGAAAAAGGCUGGCGAUUCAUGUUUGGACUCGGGAGUGUCCCGGCCAUCGUGCAACUGAUCCUCGCCUUCGAUCUCGUCGAAAGUCCCACUCACCUGAUCAGUAAAGGGCGGAUUCCGGUGGCCAGGAAGACGCUCAAAUCGAUCUAUCCUCGAUCAAGCGAAGCGUCCAUUCAGCGAAGGAUCGAGCGCAUCGAACGUGAAGUCUCGAACCCGAAUCGUGGAGGCGACGAUGAGCUGGCGAAGGCCCGAAGCUGGAAUCCAAGGGGGUUGAUCGAAGCGAAGAACGAGUUCAUCGAACUGAUCUGGCGGGACCGAGCGAACCGAAGGGCUUUGGUUCUUGCGAUUGGGCUUCAAGCCAUUCAACAGGCGACGGGGUUCAAUUGUCUGAUGUACUAGUCAGUUCUCGUGACGUAGUGUUCCGUGGUGUCCAAACUGUCGUGCCAACUGUCGUGCCAACUGACCGAACUUGUUUUUCAACGUAGUUCGGGCAAGAUUCUACAAGCUGCGCAUUUCUCCAACCCCGCCUCCUUCGCCAUGAUCGUCGCCAUGACGAAUUUGUGAGUCUUAUAGGACCCAUGGAGUGUCCUUCAAUUUCAAGCUGAAUGCGGUGGCAUUCCACAGUGUAUGCACCAUCAUAGCAUUGCGCCUCAUCGAUCGUCUUGGCCGUCGACCCCUCUUGCUCCGGACACUUUUAGGAAUGGGCGCCGGCAUGCUCGUGCUGGGAGUAUCCUUCUUCUUCAUCCCCAAGAGUACGACAACCGCGUCAACACGUAUUGUUGGCGAGCGGCCUGGUGUGGCUGCCUGGUUUGCGCUAGUUGGUAUGGCAAUCUUUACGAGCAAUUACGCUCUGGGGGUGGGAAACGUUGCUUGGGUCGUGCAGAGCGAGGUCAGUUCGAUAGAAUGCAUGUCGUGACACGAUCGUGGAUGCUGAACAAGCUUCGUCUUUCGUCAGGUGUUUUCGCAUGAGCUGAGAGGGAUUGGAACAAGUUUAGCUACUGGUGAGUUUUCGACGAGUGGCCGCACGUCCAGGAUUUCAUGCCCUAACCACCGGAAGCGCACUCGGGAUCGUUUGUUAGCUACAAAUGUGAGUCCCAAGGGUGUGGUACGGAUGUAGACCAUUGAGUUAUCCAGCGCUGACCUAUGAUCCCACCCUUUGAUGAGCGCAGUGGUCUGCGAACCUCAUCGUCGCUUCGACGUAUCUACACUUGGCCCAACUCAUCACUCCCGGAGGCGCGUUCUUGCUCUUCGCCGUGAUCUCAUUGGCAGGCUUCCUAUUCGCGUACUGGCUCUUGCCUGAGACGAAAGGACUCGCUUUGCACGAGAUCAAGGCCCUAUUCGAGGAUCCUGGUCGAGGAGGAAUGGCAACCCACGAUGAAGAGCAGUCGGGUAGGAGGGGCCAAAGUCGGUACGAGAGGAUCGAGACGAGCGGUGAUGUGUGA